AUGAAUAAUAAUUUCAAUCAAAAUAACAAUUUCAAUUUUCAAAACACAAACAAUAAUAUUAAUAAUAGCAACAGUAGUAAUAAUAACAUGAAUAACAUUAAUAACACCAACAACAAUGGCAAUGGAAAGAAUAAUUUAAAUAGUAAUAAUAGCUAUCAAAAUAAUUUCAACUAUCAAAUAAAUUUUAAUAGUGGUAAUAAUAAUAAUAAUAAUAAUAAUAAUAAUAAUUAUACUCAUAAUCAUAAUUUUAAUAACAUUGGAAAUAUAAAUACAAAUAAUAGUAAUAACAAUAGUGGAAAUAACAGCACCUUGCCAAAUUAUGACAAUGCAGAUCAAGAUGCUCUUACAAAUUUAAUAGUUAAUAAUAUUCCUAGAUCUAUGGAUUCAAGCGAAUUAAAAAACUAUUUUGAAAAAUUUGGAGCCAUAGAAACCUGCAAAGUUGUUUAUAAUCGUAAAAAAGACCAAGGUAUUUCGAAUAAUAAUAACAUAAAUAACAAUAUAAACAAUAAUUUAAAUAAUAGUAGCCUUGGAUAUGGAUUCGUUAAAUUCACAAAAAGAGAGGACGCCUUUAUCGCAGUCGAACAAAUGAAUGGUUUUGAGAUCGAUUCAAGACCAAUCAAAGUAUCCUAUGCACAAGCCUCCAGUUUGCAAUCUAAUCACGCAAAUUUAUAUGUUAAUCGAUUAGAACCUCACGUUACCAAUGCCAAUCUCAAAGAGAUUUUCAGUAACUUUGGUGAAGUUAUCGACACUAAAAUUUUGAUUGAUCCAGAUACAGGGGCUAGUAGAUGCGUUGGUUUUGUUCAUUUCUCUCAAAGAAGAGAGGCUUUAAAGGCUCUAUCUUUAAUGAAUGGUGCUACCAUUCCAUACCAAUCCAAUCCAAUUUACGUCAAAUACUUAUAUAAUAAUAAUAACAACACCAAUACAAAUAAUAAUACCAAUUUCAACUAUGAUAAUAAUAAUAACAGAUGUGGUGACAGGUAUGGAAGUGAUAAUAACAUUUACAGAAACAACAAUAACUCUUUUGGACAACAACCACAACAACCACAACCACAACAAAACCAAAAUCAAAAUCAAAACCAAAACCAAAACCAAAACCAAAACCAAAAUCAAAAUCAAAAUCAAAACCAAAAUCAAAAUCAAAAUCAAAAUCAAAAUCAAAAUCAAAAUCAAAAUCAAAAUCAAAAUCAAAAUCAAAACCAAAACCAAAAUCAAAAUCAAAACCAAAAUCAACAACCACAAUCACAACAGCAACAGCAAAAGAAUCAACAAUUCAACGCAAACUUUUUCAAUGGAAACUCAAGUGGUAUGAAUAACAAUGGUGGCAACUUACUUAUAAGUAAUAAUAAUGGUCUCACAGUUUACCCAAUUCAUAUUUCAAAUUUACCAAGUAAUACAGAUGAGGGUUUUCUUUAUAAAUUAUUUGCAUAUGGUCCAAUUUCAGGAGUUCAACUUUUAAGCAGUGGUCAAAGCAAUCAUUACCUAAUUUUAGACUAUAAUUCCGUUUCAAAGUGCAAAUUAACAAUCUUAAUGGAAAGCUUAUUUCGGGUAGAACAUUAA